UGAGUCGUAUAUACUCUCUGGAGUCGUCCACCCUAUCUUCUUCUUCGCUCUCCUUGUCGACAUCCGCCUUCCUUCAUUUCUAUUUGAGGGAGCCAUCGUGCCACAAGCGGUUGCGGCCGUACAUUGUGGUGUCUGUGUGAAUCGGUGGGCAUCGACUGCUAGAAGGCCGGAUUUGUUGGUGAUUAAGCCGUUAACAUACAAUCAUGCCUCCCAAAUUCGAUCCAAACGAAAUUAAAGUCGUGUACUUGAGGUGUGUUGGUGGAGAAGUUGGAGCUACUUCAUCUCUCGCCCCCAAAAUCGGUCCUCUUGGUCUGUCGCCGAAGAAAGUUGGUGAUGAUAUUGCCAAAGCAACAUCAGACUGGAAGGGCCUUAAAAUUACUGUCAAAUUGACCAUCCAGAACAGACAAGCUGCAAUUUCAGUGUGUCCUUCUGCUGCUUCUUUGAUCAUUAAAGCCUUAAAAGAACCUCCACGUGAUAGGAAGAAGCAGAAAAAUAUUAAACACAGUGGCAAUCUUUCUUUUGAUGACAUCCUUGCAAUUGCUAAAACAAUGAGAGAUAGAUCUAUGUCCAAGAAAAUGGAAGGAACUGUUAAAGAAAUUUUAGGAACAGCCCAAUCUGUAGGCUGCACUGUGGAAGGGAAACCACCUCAUGAUGUUAUAGAGCAGAUAGACAAUGGAGAGGUUGAAGUUCCUGAAGAGUGAAUUAUUUUAAGUUCAUCAAAUAAAUUGAUAUAAAAAGUUUAACUUAUUUUUUUCUUGUUGCCUGUGUGUGUGUGUGAGUGAGGGGGUUUGUAUACAUUUUUACCAAUAGUACUAUUCGUGUUAGUAGACUUACAGCCAGAUUUAUAGUCAAAACUUGCACAAGAUUUGGGCCCUUAUCACAGUUUUGUAUUUAGACUCCAUUAUUUGAGUCAUACUCUGGCAAUAUUUCGCUAUAUAGUGGACAACAUUGCUUUAUUGGUUACUAGUACUACUACUUGGUUACAUCUUGAAGGCCGUGUCAAUCUGGUUUACAAUUUUGGCAUUUCUUUUAGGCAUAUGAAUGCCAUUGAUUUCAUAGAUGUGUCAACUGAAAAGAAAUAAUAAAUUUCAUUGCUGUGAAGUGUUCAGUCGUGUGGAGAAAAUUCCUUUAGAUUGAAGUUUUUCAAUUAGGCAUGACUAGCAACAAUUAUGAAGGUACAAUAUGAAAUUUUAUUAUUAAAGAAAUUUUAUGGACAUUAAAGGAAUAUUUCUGUAAUUCUACAAACUUAGGGCUGACUUUUAUUCUAUUGAUCUGCACAUGACUGAAAGAAAAUAUAAAC